CUGUGCAGUACUCUGCUAUAAAAGGACCGGGAAAGGGGGACCAAGAGGGGAUACAAAGAAGAUCACCAAACCAUGUCUCCCUCCUUGGAACUUCCCUUUGAGCUGGUUCUCUUGCUCUUCCUCCCCUUUCUGCUACUUCUUAGCUUCAAACAAUCCUUUUCCAAGAAGGCCAGACUACCACCAUCACCACCAAAGCUUCCUUUCAUAGGAAACCUCCACCAGUUGGGUCCUCUGCCUCAUCGGUCGCUCCAAGCUCUGGCAGAGAAGUAUGGACCACUCAUGCUUCUCCAUCUCGGCCAGGUGCCCACCCUCAUCGUUUCAUCCGCCGAGAUGGCCCGGGAGAUCAUGAGAACUCAUGAUCACAUCUUUGCGAGCCGCCCUCCUUUGAAGGUUGCUAAGAUCCUUUUCUUCGAUGCCAUGGACAUCGGCUUGGCACCAUACGGUGAGUACUGGAGGUAUGCAAGGAAGCUUUGCAUCGUCCACCUCCUUAGCAAUAAAAAGGUGCAAUCUUUUCGGCUCUCGAGGGAAGAAGAAGUAGCCUUUAUGAUCAAUAACAUCUCUCGAGCUUCUAUUACAGCCGAUCCUGUGAACUUAAGUGAGAUCUUGCAUGCCUUCGCAAAUGACAUGCUCUGCAGAGUUGUUUCAGGUAAAUUCUUUAGAGAAGGUGGGAGGAACAAACUGUUUCGCAAAUUGAUAAGGGAGAAUUCCGCUCUGCUUGGAGGGUUCCAUUUGGGAGACUGCUUCCCUUCGUUGGAAUGGAUGGACGUGUUCUUUGGGAUGCGCGCGAGGGCCAAGAGAAAUGCUGAGAGAUGGAGUGGUGUUCUUGACGAGGUGAUCAAGGAGCACGCAGAUCAAGCGAAGGAUGAGAAGCAUGAGAAGGACUUUGUGGAUGUGUUGUUGUCCCUUCAGAAGGAUCCCGGUGUGGACUUGGCCCUUACAAAAGAAGAUAUCAAGGCGCUCUUAGUGGAUAUGUUUGGUGCGGGAACUGAUACAUCUUACAUAGUCUUGGAAUGGACCAUGGCAGAGCUUGUUCGAAACUCACUGGUGAUGGAGAAGUUGCAAGAUGAGGUUCGAGGUAUAGAUACAGGAAAAGACAUGGUCAAAGAGGAGGAUUUGGGAGAGCUAAGCUUCUUAAAAGCUGUAAUAAAGGAAGUUCUACGAUUGCACCCUCCUGCUCCAUUAUUGCUUCCAAGAGAAUCCAUGGAUGAUUGUCGCAUAGACGGGUAUGAAAUUCCUAGAUGUACAAGAGUAAUUGUGAACGGUUGGGCCAUUGGUAGAGAUCCAAAACUCUGGGAGGCACCAGAAGAAUUCCGGCCUGAGAGGUUCACGGGUAAUCAAAUUGAUUUCAAGGGGAAUGACUUCCAAUUCAUUCCAUUUGGGUCUGGUCGGCGAAUUUGCCCUGGUAUGAACUUUGCGGUUUCUACUGUGGAGCUUGCACUGGCAAAUUUGAUACGCUGUUUUGACUGGGAGUUGCCUCAUGGCAUGGCAAGGGAGGAUUUAGAUAUGGUUGAAGCUCCUGGCAUCACAAACCCAAUGAAACAAAGGCUUCAGCUGGUUGCAAAACCAUGUGGCUAUUACAAGGACCUGUGAAUGAUGACCAGUACCCACUAAGAACAAGUAUUAUAUUAGUUCUUGUAACAAUAACUAAUAAUGACUACUAUGUUUCUCAUAAUGCAAGCUUAUGGAAGUAGAUUUUGUGAUUUGGUCCAAA